UUCGUGGCGGUGUAGAUGUAGAUGGACGGUGCGAUGCGCUGGGUACGAGUGAUGGUGGGUGUGGGUGUCUGUAGUGAGCACUGUGUGCUGUAGUGAGUACCGUGUGCUGUGGUGAGUACCGUGUGCUGUAGUGGCGGUGAAGACACGUUGGGGUAUCACUCUAAGGAGACUGUAGGGACGUUGAGUCCAGUAUGAGGAUUGGAGACGAUGCAUCUGCAGCCAUGAGGCGAGGUUCAGUCAACGAACAUUCAUGGCUGUGAGAUCAUUUAUUAGUGUUGUCAGGCUGCUGGUAGGAACAUGGUGCGCUCGUGCAGCAAUGUCUCCUCUUACUGUCGUAAGGGUAGCCAACAACGUGAGGCGGCAGUCAUCAUCGGCUUCUCACGACCCAAACACGUCCAAUGGGCAAAUCGAGUUCAUAGACUUCCGCAACAGACCAUCGAGUCUCUUGUCACGAGCAUCAAAUGUCAACGUAUCGUAAUCACCAAUGUCACUGGCUGCAUGCUCGGCGCUUUGCCAGGCGUACCAUGCGGCCCACGACGUCGCGCGCAUGAGCCGCAGGGCGUACGAAGGGCCCACUUGGUGCUCCAUAGUUCAUUGAUGCUUAUCUGUGGCAGUCAGCGGGAUGCACCUCGCAGCCAGCACCCCUCGCCCAUCAGCACUGUAAGGCUGAGGAUCGUCUUUGAACGAUGCUUAUGGCGCGUAUCACGCCGAGCAGCUUCGCAGGCUGCCGAGCUCCUAUCGAAUCGAGACGCUGAAACCAAAUCCUUCCCUGGAGGGAUUGUCCUGGAGCGUCCGCAAGGGCCGCUGUUGGCUUGGGUCGAUUGGAGGAAAUUGGGCAUGGACCGCGCCGCAAGGGAAUCCGCACUAGAUGUGUCCUUUGGUAAAGGUAUUCCGUAGUCGUCAAGUCCGAUGAUAGGAAGCGUACUCGACUUCGAUCUUGUGGUCCGAUUGUCGGUCAUCAUUGAUGACCCGAGGUUAGCAUACUAACGUACACUGAAAUUUGAUCAAACAAAGCACGUGUGAAUCGUGUUCACCUUGCUGUCGGUUACAAUGUGAGUUGCUCGGCUUAAUUGGAUGUCUAGACGCGCUCCACGGCAUAUUGUGUGAGGGAGUUACCUCUACAGCCGGGGUUUACAGCGCUAUGUGU